AUGUCUCCUCGUAUGGUGACGAAACGUUGGCAAGCCAAUUGCCAAGCUCGGCGAACAGAUCAACAGCCACCUGAUCAACAACCAAUAGACUGUAGAUUACCGGACCGACAGUUGACCACUUUUGGGCUAGUGCGAUAUGUGGCCCUCCUAUACGUGGAUCCUGGACGUGCAACCGAAUUGUCUAACUGGAGCAUCCGUAUUAAAUCCUAUCUCACUUUUACAAAUGAUGCAGGGAAUAAAGACAGUUGGUUACUACGGUGCGGAGGGCAUGCGGAGUCUGACAGCGAACCGUCGGUCAUUUUAGCGGACCAUGUCUAUAGCGCCUCAACACUAUCUGAAAUAAAUGAUAAAACAUUUGAACACGAUGAGUUUACUGGACCUGAAGACUUGAUGCAGUUCUUCACAUUCAAUAAUGUGAUAUUCUUCAACGUUAAAUACAUAUCAUAG